CCGAGCCUAAGAUGGCCACGCUGCUCCGUAAAAUCGGGCUCAUUCGCCUGCACAACCGGGACACGGAGGACCCCAAGCACCACCACAACCACCGCGGCGGAGGCGGCGGCCAGCAGAGCGCGUCGCUUCGCGGCAAAGGCGGCGGCAAGAGCGGCGGCCACAAGCAGCAGCAGCAGCAGCAGCAGCAGCAGCAGCACCCCGGCGGCGCGGGCGACGCCAGCCCGGGGCCCGGCAAGGGCAAGAGCAAGCGCGCGGCGGAGCUGGCCGCUCGGCCGGGCCCCGCGGUGGCCGCGGCGGCGGCGGGCGGCAGCCUGGUGCCCGCGGCGCGCCAGCAGCACUGCACACAGGUGCGCAGCCGGCGGCUCAUGAAGGAGCUCCAGGACAUCGCUCGCCUCAGCGACCGCUUCAUCUCCGUGGAGCUGGUCAACGAGAGCCUCUUCGACUGGAACGUGAAGCUGCACCAGGUGGACAAGGACUCGGUGCUGUGGCAGGACAUGAAGGAGACCAACACGGAGUUCAUCCUGCUCAACCUCACCUUCCCGGAUAACUUCCCCUUCUCUCCGCCCUUCAUGCGGGUGCUCAGCCCGCGGCUGGAGAAUGGCUACGUUCUGGACGGAGGCGCCAUCUGCAUGGAGCUGCUCACGCCGCGCGGCUGGUCCAGCGCCUACACGGUGGAGGCCGUCAUGCGCCAGUUCGCUGCCAGCCUGGUCAAGGGCCAGGGACGGAUCUGCAGAAAAGCCGGCAAGUCAAAAAAGUCCUUCAGCCGCAAGGAAGCUGAAGCAACCUUUAAGAGUUUGGUGAAGACACAUGAGAAAUACGGCUGGGUCACCCCACCCGUAUCUGACGGCUGAUGCCUGCACGCACCCCAGACGCUUGAGCCGCCCGUCCACACUCCACCCUGCCAUCUCCUCCCACCGCUGCGCAUCUUCUACCCUUUUCUACUCCAGCCAGAGCUGUGUCCUGAAUGCAAAGGACACACUUAAGUUAUUUAUGAACUGAUGUGUUUACAGAGAGAAAGAGCAAACUGUUCAGGAUUACGUUUCCAUAAUAAAUGACCAUCUCUAAGUCACUUUAGAACCAAUGUCGAGAUGAUGCCGGUCCCCAGCCCCCCUGUGGCAUUGCCCUUAGCUUCUUUCCAUGACAGCAGCUCUGAGCAGCCGGCGGGAACUCAAUGCCCUGCCCGCUCCAUUUCCACGUGCAAGGCGCUGUUCCCAAGCCAGGGGCACCGCACACCACUGGGCUCCGCCGGUCCCUGUUUGCUGUGCUCUGUAUCUGUCUCUCUUCCUGGCAGGUCAACAUAACUUGAAGACGUUAUCUUUCUUUCUGUGGCCUGUGGUCUGCUGUGAUGACACUUAGACCUCAUUCAUGCUAUGACCUUUGGCUCAUGAAAACACACACUAACAUUGCCGGGUUCUAGUGCUGGCUUAAAACCACAAACUGCCCACUUGAUUAAAACGUGUUCCCGCGCUCAUCUUGCGCUGUGAGGCCCUUCCCAGAUAAACCAGUGCCACUUAAUGAGAGGCAGAGGGUGCUGCAGCCACCAGGGGGGCUCAGAGCAGCAGACGGCCAGAGGGAACAUUCUCUUCAGACAUGAGGGAAUGCUCCAAAAGUGCAUCUGUGUCCAUCUCCUCUCAGCCACCAAAAGACAAUUUCCCAUUUGCUGAGGUCAUUAGACUAAUCUGUCUUCCGUGCUAGUGACAGGAGACACCAGAACUGCCAAAGGACACCAAGUGACACCAGGAGGACUUGCAUGAUCCGGUCUGUUACUUCACCCACUAGUCACUUGUGUGUCCCUGAGGUUGAGGCAAGAGCACCCUCCCUGUGGUGUGAACUUCCUGUUAUUUAAUCUCCCCACACUUUCAUUUUGCUCUUCUGUUAGAAAUUUCUAAGAUGCUCCAUGAAAUGAGGAGAUAAUGUUUAUGAUAACAUGCAGAAAGAGGUAAAAUGUUCAUUCCAAGUGGAAAAUCUUAUUGGACACAUUUUAAAUAAAACCAUGCAUACCUGCCACCCAGCCUCGAGGAUCAAUCAAGGUGGACUAGCC